AUGUUCAUCCUGAUGGACAUCCUCAAUGAACCCGAUGACCAGAUGUCAAUGGUUCUCUAUCUAACCUACUCAAACGAGUUUGAUACCAAAGGUCUGAUCGCCACAACCUCCGUCAGUAUGCCGAACGAAACGCAUCCAGAGGCUAUCGAGCUUAUUAUCAAGGCAUAUGGCGAAGUCGUUUCCACUCUUAACAAGCAUGUACACCCCAACGCAACCUUCAGUCCCGCCGAGGAUCUUUUGAAACUUGUUUACGGCCGUCAGGCUCUCGAAGAGCCGUUAAGCGACGGUCCUAAGCUGCUGAUCAAAACGCUCCAGGCGGAUUCUGAACCCUUAUUCGUCUCCAUUUGGGGUAGAGCCAACACUCUAGCACAGGCCUUGCAGUUCAUCGGCACGGAGCGGCCUUCCAGCGAAGCAGCUGAGCUUCGUUCUAGGCUUCGAGUCUACUCGAUAUCAGAUCAGGACUGUGGCCCCUGGAUCCGCGUCAAGUGGCCCGACAUCACUUACAUCGUCAACGUGCACGGCUUUCGGGAAUAUCAAGCGUCUCCAUGGAGCGGCAUAGGUGGCGCACAGGACGAUUGGCUGACUCUCAACAUCCGUAUUGGUCCCUUGGGCCAGGUGUAUCCCGAGAUUCUCUACGGGAUGGAGGGUGACUCGCCUAGCUUCAUGUGGCUUAUUCAAAACGGCCUCAACAGUGCCGGGCGGCCGGACUGGGGUGGCUGGGGUGGUCGAUACAGUCGUGUUACCGAGGCCAUGGACAUCAAUGAAUACGGAACAUCCAUGGACAUCGCAGUUUCUGUGUCUGGCCUGGAUCAUCAAAGCCCAGGUGCCACUGUUUGGCGGUGGCGAGACGCCUACCAAGACGAUUUUGCUGCGCGCAUGCAGUGGACAGUUACAGAUCGAUUUGUAGACGCAACGCAUCCGCCCAACAUCAACGUCAACGGCUCCAUUAGUCUUGAUGCCAUGGAAAUAGUCUUACCGUCUACCAGUUCCGUCGUGCUGGAUGCCAGCGAGACGUACGACCCUGAUCACCCCGAGAACUCGACUCAUCUCGAACUCGAAUGGUAUGCCUACACGGAAGCCUCCGUUGCUUGGGUUAGUGGUUAUCUCGAGAGCCUCAUCGAGAUACGUCCUCUAUUACCGCCAUCCGGUACAGACGGCUAUCUCAGUGUCAACAAUGCAGGGUUCAGGAACGUCACGAUUGGUCCAAGGGUCCAGAUCACGAACAAUGUGCCGAGCAUCUCGCAACUCGAGGGAGCAUCCUGGCAUGUCAUUCUCUAG